UUUUAUAAAAGUUUAGGCUGUAUGGUAUGACACCUUUGCCUUUCCAGUUGGAAAAAUAAAACUACUACUACGAAAAUUAGAAGCCCGCGCAAAUUUAAGUUCGUUUUUGUCGUGAAAAAUGCAUAAAAAUGAAACAUUAAGCCUGAAAUUAGAUCGUGAAACCGGCACUACUAUGUUCAAUAAUCAUCGAAGAUGAAAAAUGCAAGGUCAUCUUGCAGUUGCGGGCAAAGUUGAAAGCUCGGCGUGCAUGUGUGACGCGAGCGAGUGCUUUCGGCGGCCACCGCUGACCGACUAGGAAAUGCCGAGCCACAAUCUAGCUUUAGUGAAAAAUGAAUUACAAUUGGCGCAAGAAGACGGUGACUCAUUUUAUUCCCAAUGUUACGUACCCAGUCAACAGGCGAACAGUUUGGAGGAGCUGGUCCCACUGGCGCCGGCGGGUCCGGCCGCGACCCCGGUCUGCGUGAAGCAGGAGCGCGUGGACUCGCCGCCCGCGCUGCAGCUCGAAACCUUGGAGUCGGUCCCGCAGCGCACGAGUUGUACGCUGAUAGAGCGGCAUCUGUCCUCGCUCCACGGGGAAGCGCGCGAGCGACCCGAGGCCAGCGACUUCACGCCGCUGCUCGCCGUCAAGGACGAGCCGUUGUCGGAAGGCGAGCAACACCAGCAGAGCGGCGAGGACACCAGCGACUCUCAGGCCGAGCCGGCGACCCGGGGCAGUCCAAAAAGUUGGACCCCGACUGACAUGGACAAUGCCUUGGAGGCGCUCAGGAGCCACCACAUGAGUUUGACUAAGGCCUCGGCGCUGUUCGGCAUCCCGUCCACCACGCUGUGGCAGCGCGCGCACCGCCUCGGCAUCGACACGCCCAAGAAGGAGGGCUCCUCGAAGUCUUGGAGCGAGACGGACCUCAAGAACGCGCUGGAAGCUCUCAGGGCCGGCUCUAUAUCCGCUAACAAGGCCAGCAAGGCUUACGGAAUUCCGAGUAGCACUCUGUACAAGAUAGCUCGUCGGGAGGGCAUCCGUCUCGCGGCGCCCUUCAACGCGGCCCCCACGGCGUGGCGCCGCACCGACCUGCGCCACGCGCUCGGCGCGCUGCGAGCCCGCGCGCUCUCCGUGCAGCGCGCCGCCGCACUGUACGGCAUACCCACCGGUACAUUAUACGGCCGGUGUAAGCGAGAAGGCAUCGAGCUGUCUCGCUCUAACCCGACCCCGUGGUCCGAAGAUGCAAUGGCGGAAGCACUUGAGGCAGUGAGGGUUGGCCAGAUGUCGAUAAACCAGGCGGCUAUACAUUACAACUUGCCGUACUCGUCUCUGUAUGGACGGUUCAAAAGAUGCAAAUACCAGAGCGUGCAACAGUACCAGCAGCCGCCGAUUGCCCCGGACGGCCCCCCGCACGACCCGGGGCCCCCCCGGCCGGCCCCCCACCCCCCCGCCUACCCGCACUACCCGCACGCGCACGAGCAGGACUACGCGCAGACGCUGUGCUACCACCAUCACUACAAUACUGUCAUUAGUUGAACGAGAGAUUCUACACUGAAUGAAUUAUUCCAAAAAUUUUCAUUCAUUGCGAAAAACGAUGAAAAAUCUGUGGUUUCUCACGGUGGUGACACUGACAAAAACUGUAGUGCUUUCGUUUUUAUUGAAGAAAAAUCGUUUUUAAGCAACUCAAAAUAUAUCGAGUCAAAUUCCGUCAUCUAUGAAUAUCAGGUACAUUAUAGUGAUACUGAAAACAGAAUGGCGUUCCUCAGUGAGUCAGAUACACAUAUUGCCAAAGAAAUGUUGAUAGAAAACCUUAUUAGGACUUUGAAUUUAAUUGUAUUGACGAAUAAAAGCCUGGAACAGCGACAUCUAGCGGAGUCGAGUGUAAGUGACUGUUCCGUUCCGCUCAUUGGUGGAUUUAAAAGUAGAAUGUCGAAAUUCGAAUCUAGAACGCGACGUAGUUGUAAUUGGAAUCGAACGCGUGCGCUCUUAGGGCGCCCUUAGAAAAGAGAUAGAAUUUAAAUAAUGACAAAAAUAUACGUAAAGUGGAUGUGUCCCGGUAGUUGUAGUAAAACUUGUCUGUUCAUAUUUUUAUAUACAUUUUUUUCGUGAACGUAGACGUAUUAAUUUAGUAAUUAAUAAGGUAGAAAGAGAUACGAUUGAGUUUGCCGACGUAAAUUUUUUCUGAGCUAUGGUAAAAACUGGUAUCUGUCUCAAAGCUCUUAAUGAAAGCUUGGACUGAAAAUAUCUGUUUAACAACUAAAAGUCAGAUGACCCGGCUCUGCCCGUUGGCUGCUGGUCUGGGAACGGCGAUAAAAAGGGCGAUAUUCAUAAGUUAAAAAAAAAUUUACAUUUUUGUUUUUGUAACCAAGAUAGAGGGUUUAGAAAGCAGUUAAUGUGUGAGCGCGGGCGAGGUUCGGGCACGCGGCAUAGCCUACUGGUGAAAUGUUAUAUGAUUUUUUUAAUUAUUCGGUCAUAUAAUUAUAAGCUGCAAACUUGGCCCUUGUGUAGGCUGGUGGGGCGCAGGGCGGAGCGCCUCCGAUUCCUUACUAAGUUGCAGUCGCACGUGGAGCCGACUAACUGUAGGAGUUUAGGGGCAAGGGAAUACACCUGUUGAGACUAAACGCGACCAGCUGUAAGCCGUGCCUCCGUAAAUACUGAUCUAUUCUUGUCUUCUCAAAUGAGUGGUCAUCCCGAACGCGGCUCCAGCCCCUCCCACGGCGGGCCAGCCAGGCGCCCCCCGCAGCUAGCCGCGGUGUACACUGUACAAGCCGGGGUGUUCUAUGUAGCGAGCCCCGCCUGCCGCUAGCGUUCCGUGUAGAACGACUAAACCGACUACUGUGCUCUGCGGCCGGGACACGUCUCCCGCUCAGCAGCCGAGGGAUCUGUAGGCUGCGCAGUGCAGUGUUGGUCGACUCGCGUCUGGUGAGGGUGUAUGCCCUUGUUACGCGCUGUACACAGUUCGAUUGGUCAAGAUAUUACUAAAUAGAAGUUAAAGGUAAGUGCUCCGUAGACGUCCGUGCUAUCAGCGGGCACAGAACAGGCGUGCACGACCCCGCUUCCCUCCCAGUUGGCGGGCUCCAGUGGGAGAGCUCCUUGGUCUUUGGGCGAGCUACGCGGGUCAAUGGUACAUUUUAAGGCCCCAUUUUUACCACGCAUCAGGUUCCUAAAUGAACUCUCCUCCACGACUUACCCCAAGCUCUGAGACACAGCCUCCUAACAAGGUUUGAAAGGUAUUUGUGUCCACGAACGACAGCGUCUACUUACCAUCGGUUAAGUCGGCCCGUCAAUCUUCGGAGGAGGAAGUCCAGUCGUGGGUCAGGGGCGGGUGGACGGCGUCUUAGAUCUCUGAUAAGCUGACUUUGAGCACGUCCCACGCCGCAUGUAAUACGUAAACUAUGUGAUACUAACAAUGUAUAAGGAAGUGUUUUCGUCCGUUUUAUUAUUGGUACUUAAUGUAAGUAAACUGAAUAGUUUUAGUACUUGAUGAUGCUAGUCUCUUACUAUGUAGUGCCAAUAAAUAUCUUUUAAUUAACGUC